AAACCGUCUGCAAAGAGCAGCAGUGCUGCUUCUCCUGCUCCGUGGAACGCGGUCGAGAUAGAAGGAGGCGAGGCGGCGCGCCGGCACCAGUGCGGGGACGAGCAGUGGCGCGAGCCGAGGCGGCGAGAGACAGGCGCGCUGCCGGGGAAGAGGCGACGCACCGCGCGGAGCUGUUCGCGGGUGGCUCCGGCACCUCAGCGGCUUCGCCACUGCUGGCCGUGGCUCCUCCGCUCGCCGAGCUGUUUGGCGGCGGGUCGCUGUUGCUUUCUUGGCGCCGUCGCUGCCUCCUGCGCCCGGCCGAGCCUCCUCGUCUUCGCCGCCGCCGCCGCCGGGCAGCUGGGGCGGUGAAGAGGCCAGCGGGUCGUUGUGCUCCGGAAGGAUGGGCGCGGAGGGUCCCCCGGGCGAGCGCCCGGCUCCGCCGCGCCGGCGGCAGGGCUGCCGGCGGGUGAGGCUGCUGUGCAUGCUGGCGUUGACCUUCCUCUUCUUCGUGGUGGAAGUGGUGGUGAGCCGGCUGACGGAGUCGCUGGCCAUGCUGUCGGACUCCUUCCACAUGCUCUCGGACGUGAUGGCCCUGGUGGUGGCCCUGGUGGCCGUCCGUUUCGCCCAGCGCACCCGCGCCACCAAGAAGAACACCUUCGGCUGGGUGCGGGCCGAGGUGAUGGGCGCCCUGGUCAACGCCGUCUUCCUGACGGCGCUCUGCUUCACCAUCCUGCUGGAGGCCAUCGAGCGCUUCACCGAGCCCCACGAGAUCCAGCAGCCCUGGGUAGUCAUCGGGGUCGGUGUCGGGGGGCUGCUCAUCAACGUCCUGGGGCUCUGCCUCUUCCACCAGCACGGUGGCCACGGGCACUCGCACGGAGGCAGCCGCCGGAGUCGCAGCGGCUCCCGGAGCAAGGCGCUGGAGCGGCCUCCCGGCGACCUACAUAAAGAAGAGGAGACCAACACCCUGGUGGACAAUUUCAGCAGCUCCAAUGGAGUCAGCAUGGAGAAGCUAGGUGAUGUAGUUAAAGAGAGUCCGAUGGAACUUCAGCCCAAUGGGAAUAUUAGUAAUCACUCCUCGCUUGACAUGGAGGUUGAGGAAGACACAAGCGGUCAGCUCAACAUGCGUGGAGUAUUUCUUCAUGUCCUUGGAGAUGCCUUGGGUUCAGUUAUUGUUGUGGUGAACGCCUUGGUAUUUUACUCUUUUUGGACUCCAUGCCCCAGAGAUGGGCCUUGCAUUAACCCUUGCAAGGAUGACCAUUGUGGAGAAAAUGUUACUCAGCUCUCUGGCAGGAUGAAUGCCACUGAAUUUGAGAAAAUUCCUGUAGCUGGUCCCUGCUGGGUCUUAUAUUUAGAUCCUGCUCUAUGUCUGAUAAUGGUUUGCAUUCUGCUGUACACAACUUACCCACUGCUUAAAGAAUCUGCUCUUAUUCUUUUGCAAACUGUUCCCAAGCAAAUUGAUAUUCGUUCUUUGAAUGAGAAACUCCGUAAACUGGAAGAAGUUGAAGCUGUCCAUGAACUGCAUGUUUGGCAGCUGGCAGGAAGCAGGAUCAUUGGCACAGCUCAUAUAAAAUGUAAGGACCCAGAAUCGUACAUGAAAGUGGCUAAAGAUAUUAAAGAGAUCUUUCAUGAUGAAGGGAUACAUGCGACAACGAUUCAGCCGGAGUUCACUGUUAGGGGCUAUGAUGUAGGCUCUGAUGAGGGUGUAAGCAAAUGUGAACUGCCCUGCAGAACCCAGUGUGCUCUGAAGCAGUGUUGCGGGGCUGUGGAAAAGACUAUUGCAAAGAAGACGGACAAGUCCCCUUCAAUUAGUAUUUCUUGUUCUGAAAUAGUCAUUGACUCUCCACAUCACAAAACCAGGAGGACUAAAUCAGAGUGCAUACCUGCUAUAAAGCUAGAGGCAGAACCUGACCCUAACAAACAGUUUGAAUCCUCUUUGUAAUUCCCACAGUUGUGCUGAGUGAAGUCUGAAUUCAACUACAGUUGAUUGUGAGAAGAAAAGACUGAUGUUCGGGAGACAAGUUGCGAAAUAAUGUAAUUGUUGAAGUCCCUGUUCUUGUCACAACACUUAAAUUUAGGCUGCCUGCUUGAAAGAACAUCAUAGUGCCGUCCAGACACAAUGUGUGUUUGUGUUAACUUUUAGUUGAAUAGCACAGAAAAGUUCAACCAGUGCAGCAACAACUCUGCAGAACCAGUUUGGACUUUUCUGCUGAGAUGCAUUUUUGUUGAGUUUAACAUUAAAAUGACAUUUUCCAGCAAACUUUCCUCCCUGCUUCUCCAAAACAUUGGUUUUGUGUUAGGUUUCUUACUGAGGUUGCUCUUACUGCUUAUUGAUUUUUGUCUCUGUGUGCAUGUGUGUUUCCCAAUAUUUUACAAACCAUAAAGUGAGAAAACCAAAGGGGACAGAACCUUUUAAUGUAAAAAACAAAAGGUAGACUACUUUGGUAAUUUUAGACUUUCUUAUUAAAUGAAAAAGUGAAUGCUAUUUCAAAUAGGUAUACUAAAUAGAAUUAGUGGUAUCUUAAAAUAUAUCCAAUACUUAUUGACAAAAAGCCCCUUUUUGAAUUGGGUCUGUGACACAAUGAAAACUGCUUGAAAAUAUAAAUGGUGGAUAAUUAUAUACCUGUCCCCUGGACUAUUUGAUUAACUUUUCAGACCGAAGCUGGACACACUUUACUAGGGACUUAUCUGUUAAGUUUUUCACUCCUGCCUUAUCCUCUCUUUCUUUUAAAUAACUGUUGUAGUAUAUAUUUUAGAAUUCAGUAGAACUCAAAAACAGAUUGAGUUAUGCUGAGAUUAGAGAGCCAGAGCUGGUCUUUGUCUUGGCAGGGUCUUCUGCUGGAAUGGAAUGGUUACUACUGGCUGGAUUACACCUAAUUUGAGUUUUAAAGAAUUCCCAAAAAUUAAACUUAGGAGAUUCAUCAAUUUAGGCUGCUUAAACAUUAAUAUAUUACUUCCCCCUCCAAGUAUUUAUGUCUCAUUCUGAGCCAUUUUGCCUGUUAGGUAAAACAAAACCCAACCAGCUGUCUCCAAAGCAUUCAAUACACUUUCAGUGUAAUGAGCUGAUUCAGGCAUCAUGAUAUGUCAUGGCUUUAUUGGGUUAUAAAUGAGAUUUGGUAGACUUUGGGCUUACAUGCCCCCUUUCCCUUCCCUUCUAGCACAGCCACAAAGAGGAAAGUAGAAACUUUUACUUCCAUUUAAAAAAAAAUUACACUUGAGGACUGCAUCUGAACGUUGGUAGAUUAGAACAGUUGCUUGUUUUAAACAAUUUGAAGUUAAAAUUAUCCUCAGUAUGUUGGAUUGAGGUGAAACAUCAUGCUGUGGUAAGUCAGAGGAACUGGAGGUCUCUGAUAUGCCUGCACUGAAGUAAAAGGGGAGCAGGUGAGUUCAAGAACUCAUUGCAGAUGAUUCCCAUUAUAAGCCAUAGUUGUUCAUGAUGUUCAACUUGGCCCACGGUUCCUUUUUGUGCAGCAGUUUUUGUGUAGCAAAGGCAUGUGGCGGCAAAGAAUAAAGGCCCAGUUCAAUCUUCCUUUCUGCAGUAAGUUUUGAAAACCUAAUGAUGCAAAGGAUUGAGUAAGUGAAGCAGGGCAGGAAGUAGUUUCUCAAUGCUGUUAGUCAUUGCUCUACAAAUGCACAGACUGCACUUAAUCCUCUUGCCCAACCCUCUUAAAAUAAAACAGUUUAGGGUGCAAUCCCAUGCACAUUUAGACAGAAGAAUAUCUUGCAUCUCCAGAUGUCCUGGCUGGGACACCUUGCAGUUCUACAGCUUCAUGGGAUUGUGCCUUUAACCCUGUUAAAGGAACUAAUGUAGCAUUGAAUGUAAGAGUGGUAGCUGAUGCAUUUCUGGAUCAGCCAGCCAGUCCUUGUCUGCACCCCAGUUUUCCACUCCAUGAAAACUUGUGCUAAUGCAUAACUAAUGCUAAUUAGUUCAAAAGUAUUUUCCAAAAGCCUUAAUGUGAAGGCAUUGUGGGAUUCCAAACUUUCUCUAUAGCUUAAUUAUUCCAGCAAUGGUUCUGGGUACAAUCAGGUGCUGCAAGAAGAACAUAAGACUUUCUGGGUCAGUUUUACGCAUUUGUCUGCUACUUUACUUCUGCAGGUUAUCUUGCACUGUUUAAAUGCAGGCUUUCUAAAAUGAUGAAUGCCUUGGUUGAUGGGAAUGUAGGUUUGCUCCCUCCCUCUCAAGUAUAAUCUUCAUUUAUUUGCACUGUUUUUUAUUAGUUUGGAAUUGCGAAGGAGAAGAAAACAGCGAGCAGUGGUUUCCACCCCACCCACUACUCAGUAGUGUUGUAGUCGAGCCUUAUUUUUGCACAACAAAAACUAUUUCAUAGUUAACACACUACAAAGUGUGAUAGAGUGGUAUUUGUAAAAUGAUUAAGCACAUUUAGCAAUGCUUUUUAUAUUCAUUUUGUUACAAAUGCCACCUGUUACUUAAUACCCCCAACUUGUAUCUGAUAUAUUAUUCUAAGCAUGCAGUAAUGGUGCUAUACUAUUCUCGUGUAGCUGUAUUUUAAUUAUAAAAUACAGCAUUUUCAAAAAUCAGCUGCUUUUUCAUUGUGUGGACAGCUAGGCUGGGAAUAGUUGUUUCACUGGGAAUGUAUGAAAGGGAGGGAAGGCUAAAAAGCUACGACAAUAUUAUAGGUUAAAGGUGUUGAAGUUAAGCCUUUCUAAUUUUUUAGAAUAUAAAUACAAAUUAGCUCCCUUUAUUAAACAUAAAAAGGUGUGCUUCCUGUCUCCCACAUGGUACACAUUGUAGUUUAAGACAGUGUUGCUUUUAACUUUGUCUCUAAUGGGUCCAUUUCUAAUAUCUGGGUUAUUUGGUGUGUGUAUACUUUGGAAUAUGGUGAUGUAUUUUACCUUACAUCUCUUUUACGUAUAAACUUUGGCUCUCAUUUGGAGCAUGCAUUGCACUGAUAAAGGGUGCAGUCUUUUAAUUAUUAUUAGCAACUUCUUUUAUGGCAGAAAAGGCUGAAUCCAACAAGUUAUGAGCAACUAUCUGCUCAUGCAGUGGCAGUUUCCCUACCCAACCUCACUGUACUGCAUGCCUCCAAAAUCUGUUCUUAAAGAUCCUGCAGCCCUCUGGAGUAAAUUGGGAGGGCGACAUGGCAGACUGAAGGGGAGGAGAAAUUCAAUUUGCCACCAGUGGCUGCCCAAUUGGCAGAAGUGUAUCAAUCAGAUAUGACCCAAAAUGUUAAUUUCUGCUUUUACAAACAAAUUUUUAAAAAGUUGUAUAUGUUUUGAACAAAAGUGAAUGCCUUGAAUACCUCCCAACUACAGGAAGCAUUGGUUUUUUGGGGACAUGUACUUGAUCACCUGAAUAUUAAAGCCAGUUUUGCAAACUCCUGUAUAAGAUUAUAUUUUCUCCUGAAUGCCAGGGAUGUUGAGGAGUAUUUCAGUUAGACCUGCAGUAAUGAAUACAACUGCACUCAGUAUAUACUUUUGCUCUGAACUCUUACAAUAAGCCUGAGAUGGCUGUAUUGGUUUAUUUCACUGUAUUUUCCUGGCAAAAACCGCAUUGCGCUUUUCCAUGAGAGUGCAGUGAACACAUCACAAAGUAAAUAUGUGUGGCCAUCUUGCACAUUACAAGUUUCAUUGCAAAAAUGCACAGUUGCACAAGUGUUAUAUAUACUUACUUGUAACAAGUGAAGCUGCUCAUGAUAUGCCAAAUGGCUGGAUGUGUAAGGACUGGCUGUUUCAUUAACUGAGUGUUUGUUGAACCAGUCUGCAAUUCAGAGAAAUACCUUUACAAAGCAAAACUGAGUGUUUUAAAGUGUCAUCUAAGGUUCUGGGGAAUGUUUAAAAGCCACUUGGAACUCUCAGUGCAAAUAGUGCUCAAGAUGUCUCCGUUCUGCUCCCCCCUUUUCUGUCCCAGCCUAUGCAUAUUUGUUGCUCUUGCUGUAUGCAGCUGACGCUGAGGUUCAGAACCUCUUUAAGAUCAAGCCAUCUGUGAGAGCAGGACUGACUCCACUGAGUCAAUGGGAAAUAGUUUGUUUUGAAUAGAAUGCACUUUCUGACUUUUCUCAUUGAUGUCUGUAGGGGUGGGGAAAGGCAACUUUAACACUGCAUCGCCUUGCUUAAGGAUUUUGGGGGUUUUGUGAUAGGAGUAUUACAUAUUUAAGGAUAUUCAGUACAAUAUUUAAAUAUGCUGCUUUAAUUUCAUAACAGCAUCAAUGUAGCCUUCUGGGACUUUGGCUUAUGUUUACAGAACAAUGUUUGAAUAUGACAAUAAAUACUCUUAUUUUGGUUCUAUCUUGCACCAUCUAUUCACCUCUUGGUGGUUUGAAAGGUAACUAAUGCUUCAUGUGCCUCAAAUAAGAACUUAUUUUUAAAUUUUUAUUUUGGUAAGCCAAAUGCAGCCUUACUUAACAGGAGCUUUCAUCUGUGUGAUCUUGGGUUUGUGUCAUUAAAUUGCCUGUGUGAAGAACACUUCCUUGUCUUAUCAGUGUGUGACCCUGAUUCUCCUCUACCCACAAUCCCACUUGCUGUGUGUGUCAGUUUAAGUGUUCUAGAGCUUAGUCUCCAAACCCAUAUACUCUUUAGUAACUAGAGAGACACCUCCUCUUGCAUAAUAUGGGUUGCAUUUGAAAAUAUCUGGGGCAUAAUCAGCAUAUCUGUAUCUGGUUACAUCAUACCAACAACAAUGGGCUUCUGUUAAACCAGUGAUGCUACUGUGUUUCUUUGCAUAUAGACUAAAGACUGAGCAGGAAAUAAAUGUUGCUAUAUAAACC